AUGUCGCAACCAGAAGAAAUUGUUUCAGCGAAACAUCAAAAUAAAGACUCGAGCAAAGCACUGGACUCAGAGAAUACUGACAGCAAUGCCAACAGAGAGUUGCUGAUCAAAGAAGCCCUGGAAUUGACCGACGAUUUAAGACUGAUACUCCAGUUCUUGAAGGUGGAAAAACGGUCUGUCCAAACUAUGGAGAACGAAAACAAGUACUUGCAGGAGUACGUGGGCAAUUUGAUGGCAAGCGGCAAGAUUGAGAGUUAG